AGAGUAGCGACCCCGGCCUUGGAGAGGAUCCUGUGUACCACAGUGCUGGGGCUGAAAAAGAGACACAGACAGAGAGAAGAGAGAGAGGAGGGUCCCUACAACUGGAGAGUUGGAUAGACACAGAGAGAGACACAAGAAAAAGUUAAAAGGAAGAGUGAGAGGAAGAAUUGGAGGGGAGAGACUGUAUCCCCUCUCGUCUCCCCUGUAUCUCUGGAGGGAGCUAUGGCGGAUAACAGCACUCAUGCGAUUGUGGACAAACAGUCCUUCGAACUGAGGGAUAUGAUUUUGGCCUUCUGUCUUUCUAUGGUUGUUGGUCUUCUGCUGGGAGCUGUGGUCUAUAUGAUCUUGACCUGGAUGUCUCGCCGACAGGCAUCAGCCACCAUCACGCAUGUACCCAUCCACCAGUCCCGCUCCACCACCCGUUCAUCCUCGCCACGCUCUCGGCCAGGCUACAGUCGUCACAGCAGUGGCUUUGACCGACGCAGCAAUAACAGUCUGGCCAGCGCUGCCUUCUCCUUCCAUCGGCAAACCUCAUCCUCACCGAUAGACUAUGGUGACUCACCGGGCCGCAAAUCAAGCUUCCGGGCCUCUACGUUUCAUCCUCUUCUUCAAUGUAGCCAGAUUGCUCGCGAGGCAGAGGAAGGUGCCCAGGGUAGCCUGCCACGAACCCCCACUCUCACUACCAACCCUGGGGCGGCUGGAUCAACCAGCACUGUCUGUUCUAUGGUCACCCCACCCCGGGCCAGAACCCGACCAGAUUCCUUCUGGGGCAACAACAAUCUAAGGGGUUUCCAUGCUGGCCAGACUCCACCACCUGCCUAUGAGAGCAUCAUACGAGCCUAUCAGGAGACGACCACGUGAGGGAAGGGGACAUGCAUGCUACUGUUAUGGGGGAAGAUAUAGAUGCAUUAAUAGACUUGGACUGGAAAAUUGGACAACUAAAAGCAAUAUUGAUGGAACUUAACUGACAUGGCCAGUUUUUUAAAACUUGCAUGUGUUGAUUUGUGUAUAUGUGCAUAUUUCUGUUUGCUCAUAAGUGUGCAAAGUCAAUCGGAAAGUGUUUCAAAAAGAGAGUGAGAUGAGUUUUUUGAUUCUACAAAAAAGCCAAAAGACUGUAAGGUCUACAGUAUGUUUGUGUAAAACAGAGAGGGUGAGAGAGAGGAAGCAUGAAAUGUUGAAGGUUGCAAUAAGCACAAGGACAAAUCUCUAUUGCAAAUUCCAAAACAGAGAGUUAUUGCAAACACUAAUUUAAAAUAGUUUUGCUACAAACUCAUUAAAUUGUGUAUUUAUUGGCUUGUUUUCUGGGAACUCUAGUCUUUUGGAAUCAUUGUAAAUAUUUCUCAACACAACUGUAGG